UUUUGCAGGAAUCCUACCAAUGACCCAAAUGGAUUGUGGUGUUAUACUAAUGUCCAGGGAGAAACGGAGUAUUGUCACCAGGCUACAUGUAAUGAUCCCUCUUAUGUUGGUUGCUACGUAGAUUCACCGGUCAGGGAUCUUACUGUACACAUUGGGUACACACCUAGCAAAUCGGCAUGUAUUGAAACAUGCAGGAAUCUAAAAUAUGCAUAUGCAGGUUUGCAGUAUAGUCGUCACUGCUUCUGUGGUACGAUGUUUGGAAAAUAUGGAAUAUCCAAAAACGGAGACUGUAACAUGCUUUGUGGAGAUGGUAGAUCUACAUGCGGAG